AAGAAAAUGCAAAAGUAAAAUUAAACCAUUCAAGAAUAGAAGAGCUUCUUUGUUGCCUACCUUCUCUCUUGAUCACCAAACUUUCUAAACCUCCCUUUGAUUUCUUUCUUUCAGUACAACUAAUUUCUUCCCUUUCUCUUCUCUGCAGCGCUUCUCUUACUUUUCUUUCUUUCUUUUUUGUUAAGGCAAAUCGGAGGGGCAAGGGAUUGUUGUGCCGCAUUGUAACAAAAUGGCACCACGUCUCUUAUCUUGCUUUGCCAAAGGAAACGAUUCUUCUGCAAGAAACCAAAACCAUGCAAAUGUAACCGUUGAUGUAUCUGCGGAGGAGCAACACCGUGGUGGGGCUGUUUUGGUGGAGUUGUUUUCUUCACAGGGAUGUAAAACAUCCCCGGAAGCUGAGUUGUUGGUUUCAAGGCUAGGGAGGGGUGAUUUUCAGCUUGAAAUGCCUGUUAUUGUUUUGGCUUUUCAUGUUGAUUACUGGGAUUAUAUGGGUUGGAAAGACCCUUAUGGGGGUAGUCAGUGGACAGUUAGACAAAAGGCUUAUGUUGAGUCUUUGAAGCUUGAUACUAUGUUUACACCACAGAUUGUUGUUCAAGGGAGAACUCAGUGCGUGGGAAAUGAAGAGGAGGCUUUGUUGUCUUCCAUUGUCAAUGCACCAAGGUUUCCUGCUCCCACUUUUCAGGCAACAUUUCAGAGGCCGACUCCAGAUUGCUUACAAGUCUCUUUAUCAGGAGCCUUGAGAACUAAAGCUGACAAUGAUGGUGUCAACGUCAUGGUAGCUCUAUAUGACAGUGGAUUAGUGACUGAUUGUCCUAGGGGAGAGAACAAAGGGCGUGUCCUAUCAAAUGACUAUGUUGUUAGAAAGUUUGAAAAACUCUGCACUGUCAAAGACAUCUCUGCCAAGAAGACAGUUUCAGGAACUGUUAAUUUUGCUUUAUGGGAAGGCUUCAACAGCAGCAAAUGUGGUCUUGUUGUCUUUGUUGAAGACAGCUCCCAUCAAAUUUUUGGGUCGCAGAGCAUUCAGUUCCCGGAUGCUGUAUGAGACAUUCAGAUUGAAACAAAGACUAAAUGCUGGCUAUGAUCGAUAUGACACUUGUGUACAGGAUGUGCUGGAUAAUAAUUUCUUUUUCCUUCAUUUUUUGGUCUUAAUUUCUAAUUAUUUUUGUUCAGUUUUUAUAAAGAAGAUAACUAGAGACAUUUUUGUGGUUUGAUGGCA